UCCCCGCGGCCCCGGCGCCCGAGCGGCGCGGGCGGGCGCGUCCCCAGCGCAGCUCGCCCGCCUCACUUCGCGUGAGACCCGGAGGACCGGCCGCGAAGGAGUGACCCGCCGACCUCGGCGCCAGCGACAUCCAGAACGCCUUUCAGCGCCACACCCCGCCCGGGGGGUUCGCAAGCAGUGGGCGGGCACCGGCGCCCCGAGGGCUGGCCCUCGGCCGGCUCCGCGCGCUCCAGCCUCCGCCCUCUGCCUGAGGUCAACUUCGUCGGGCUGGAGCGAGCCCCCGGAGGCUCUCGGAGGCCGGCCUCAGCCCGGCGCAGGGCGUCAGCGAGAUGCCGGGUGUGCGCCGGGCGGGAGACAGGCCUGGCCAGCCCUGCAUCCAGGAUCGGGUCGCGGGGCCUGGGUGAGCCGGGGCAAGGUCGCCAGGCUCCUCACAACAGCACCGAGCUUCCCCAGACAGGGUGGCCGCCAGGGUGCGGCAGGCCUGGAGCGGCGGGAAGCGGAGGAAGAGGAGGCCUUGGAAAGUAGUCGACGCUUAAACUGUCUGAAUAAUUUGCAUGGGGCGGCUAUUCAUUAUUUCCGAUGAUUUUCCUUCGCAAGCAGCUCGGACGUGGCCGGCUGUGGUUCAGCGCGAUCGGAGAGCUCGUAUUUUCAUCUGUAAAUUAAAGCAAUUACGCAGCAGAUAUUAUAUGAUGCGUACUGUGGUCUCCAGACAGUCAUCAAUCACCUUCAACCGAGCUGUCAGAGCGGGCAGAUUUCGUUUCUGGGAGGCAGCGCCUAGGAGCCGGCGGCCCCGGAGCAGUGGCCGCGCCACGCGGGCGACCACGCGCAGGACCCCGCCGGCCCCGCCAUGUCCUACCCGCAGUUUGGAUACCCCUAUUCCUCCGCACCCCAGUUCCUGAUGACCACCAACUCCCUGAGCACGUGCUGCGAGUCCGGCGGCCGCACGCUGGCCGACUCGGGGCCCGCCGCCUCGGCCCAGGCGCCCGUCUACUGCCCGGUCUACGAGAGCCGGCUGCUGGCCACCGCGCGCCACGAGCUCAACUCGGCCGCGGCGCUUGGGGUGUACGGGGGCCCGUACGGCGGCUCGCAGGGCUACGGCAACUACGUGACCUACGGCUCCGAGGCGUCCGCCUUCUACUCGCUGCUGCGACCCCAGGCGCGUGGGAUCCUACAGAAUGGCUUCGACUCCAAGGACGCGCCGGGAUCUGCGCAUGCGGGCCUCGCGCCUGCUGCGGCCGCCGCCUACUACCCCUACGAGCCGGCGUUGGGCCAGUACCCCUACGACAGGUACGGGACCAUGGACAGCGGCACGCGGCGGAAGAACGCCACGCGCGAGACCACCAGCACGCUCAAGGCCUGGCUGCAGGAGCACCGCAAGAACCCGUACCCCACCAAGGGCGAGAAGAUCAUGCUGGCCAUCAUCACCAAGAUGACCCUCACGCAGGUGUCCACCUGGUUCGCCAACGCGCGCCGGCGCCUCAAGAAGGAGAACAAGAUGACGUGGCCCCCGAGGAACAAAUGCGCGGAUGAGAAGCGACCCUACGCGGAGGGCGAGGAGGAAGAAGGGGGCGAAGAGGAAGCCAGGGAGGAGCCCCUCAAAAGCACCAAGAAUGAAGAGACGGUGGGCAAAGGGGAGAAGGAUCUAGAACUCACAGACUUGGAGGAUUUCGACCCGCUGGAGGCGGAGCCCCCUGAGUGCGAGCUGAAACCGCCCUUCCAGCCCCUGGACGGCGGUCUGGAGCGCAUCCCCGCCGCGCCUGACGGUCCAAGCGCCCCGGGAAAGGAGGCUUCCGGCACCCUCCGGAUGCCCCUGGCCGCUGGUGGCGCGGCCGCCCUGGACCAGGACCUGGAGAGGGCCAGAAGCUGCCUCCGGAGCGCGGCGGCUGCGCCCGAGCAGCAGCCUGGCGCUGGGGGCGGCUCGCAGGCCUGCGAGGCCAAGCUGGGCUUCGCGCCGGCUGGGGCGACGGCGGGCCUCGAGGCCAAGCCGCGCAUCUGGUCGCUGGCUCACACGGCCACCGCGGCCGCCACAGCCCUGAGCCAGACUGAGUUCCCCUCGUGCAUGCUGAAGCGCCAAGGCUCCGCUGCCCCUGCGGCUGCUUCCUUGGCUCCUGCGUCGUCCUCGCCUGCGGCCCCGGCCCCCACUGGUGCCCUGGACAGGCACCAGGACUCCCCGGUAACCAGUCUCAGAAACUGGGUGGAUGGGGUCUUUCACGACCCUAUCCUCAGGCACAGCACUUUGAACCAGGCCUGGGCCACCGCCAAGGGCGCCCUCCUGGACCCAGGACCGCUGGGACGCUCCCUGGGGGCAGGUGCCAACGUGCUGACGACGCCCCUGGCGCGCGCUUUCCCGCCCGCCGCGCCCCACGACGCCCCGACCGCAGGCUCAGCCAAGGAGCUGCUGGCGGCGCCCAAGGCGGGGGGCAAGCCCUUUUGCGCCUAACGGGCCCCGCCCCGCGCGGAGGAGGAGCAAACGGGGAGCCGGCCUGCUGCGCGUCGCAGACUCUGUUUCCACGGAGUUUCCAAAGCAGGACGGGAGCGCGUCCAAGUGCAGGCAGCCCACCCGCCGUGGGGGGACCGGCCGAACUCGGCCCUCCCGGCCACAGACCCCGCCUGGACAAGCAUUGGUCCGGGCCAUUUCCGACCUCCGCCCCGGGCCCCAGCCGGGUAGGGACGCUCCCAGAGCAGAAGGGAGCCGCCCCGGAGCCUAAAGUUUACGUCCCAAAGUUUACACGGACCAGACAUUUCAGCUCUGAGGCUUAGUUUUGCUGCCUCCUCCCGGGUUUGAGGCAUCCUUGCUCCUUCCGAAGACCCCUCAGCCUGCUGACCCGCGUUGUCCUCAGCACAUCUUCCAGCAACCGCACUCCCACCUGUUUACACUGUUGCACACUCGUAACUCGAUAAAAUUACGGUUUUUUACGUGUAUGUUCACACCAAUAAUUGCCUGCUUCAGAGGCUGAUAUAACAAACCAAUAAAGCGAGUGAUGGUGUUUGCAUUGCAAAA